AUGCCAAAACAAAGAGGUUUUCGUCCCCAAGGGCUAAUAGCCCCUAUACAAAGAAUUAAAUAUAAUGGGCCAACAUUAUUAGACAAAAUAAAUAGAGAAACAAGACCAACAUGGGAUGAUUUAAAAGAUAGAAUUAAAAAUCAAGAAGGAAAUAAAAUGUUAGAAGAAUAUGAAAACGCGAAAUACAUAGAAGAGCUCAAUAAAAAUAGAGAGGAAAAAAUAAAAGAACAAGAAAAAAGGUAUAUUAAAAAAUUGAAAAAAGAAUAUAAAAAAAAAUAUAAGAAAAAGAGUGAUGAUAAUAGCACAGAUAGUUCUGAUGAUGAUAUAUCAAAAAAAAGGAAAAGAAAAAGAAAAAAGAAAAAAAAAAAAGAUAGAUAUUCUCAUUCUCUUAGUAGUGAUACGACUUCCAAUUAUUCAGAUAAAAAAAAACACAAAAAACAAAAAAAAAACGAUGAUAUAAACCCUUUUAAAUUAUCAAACUUUUUUAAAAUGAAAUAA